AUGGAGGCGGCUCCUCCCCUCAGGUCCCACCUCUCUAGGAUCCUGCUGCAGGCUGGGAGACUGUCCCUUCUGCUCAUCCAGAACCGAACACAUCUGUACCGCUUCCUCCUGUUGAAGAUCGCGCUUUUCCAGCACUGGGUGUCAGGGCUGGCCCAGGAGGCCCGGGGGGGCUGUGGAAGCGGACAGGCCCACCCUCCCCUAGGAGUUGUCUCCUGUGCCCUGGAUUUAGUGCUGCAAGUCGGCCUGGCCUUCCUGUGGGCUCCGCUGUGGCUGCUCUUAUGGGGAUCCAGGCAGGUGUGGGCGGUCGGCUGGGACUGUGCCCGCGCCGUGAGGCUGGCCCUGCAGCGGCUGGGCACCUGGGAGCCGCUGGGCCUGUCUGUAGCCACCUGGGAGGAUCUGGUCCUCUCCUGUCUGCAUAGCCUGACGCUUGUGGCCUUUCUGUUGCUGCUGCUCACUUGGAGACUCUUCCAGAAGGCCGGUCGCCUCAGCCUGGCUUGGCUGCCUGGCCAGAACUCUGGGGCACUGAAGGCUCUGACCCUGCUGAAGCGUCUCUACCAGUGGGUGGAGCGCAUGACGGAGCCCACCUCCUGGAACCUGGCUUAUCUCAUCACGUGGACUACCUGCCUGGCCUCCCACCUGCUCCAGGCUGCCUUUGAGCACACAGCCCAGCUGGCCCAAGCCCAGGACACUGAACCUCAGGAGAUCUCUGGGCCAUUGUGUGACACCCCACUUCCUGAGUCCCCCAUCUCCGAGGCUGGUGGACCUGUCCAACCCAAACCUGGAACCCCUGGACAAUAA